CUGCGCCGCACACAAACUAACUGCAUUCAGCUUCGGCUCCGUGACAUAUUCAGCUCUUCGGCGCUCUCGAACAUCGUCGGCUACUUCCGGAACGGGGUACUUUAUUUUCCGCCGGGUCACAGUUCACACCGAGACAGAGCAAAGAUGGCGUCGCUGAGUGACAAAUCAGUUUGGGAUGAAGUGGAGGACGGUAUCGGCGAAGAAGUCCUAAAAAUGUCCACGGAGGAGAUAGUUCAGCGAACUCGUCUCCUCGACAGUGAGAUAAAGAUUAUGAAGAGCGAGGUGCUGCGGGUGACCCACGAAUUGCAGGCCAUGAAAGACAAAAUCAAAGAAAACACGGAGAAGAUCAAAGUGAACAAAACGCUUCCGUACUUGGUUUCCAACGUGAUCGAGCUUUUAGACGUGGACCCCAACGACCAGGAGGAGGACGGGGCUAAUGUGGAUCUGGACUCCCAGAGAAAAGGAAAGUGCGCCGUCAUAAAAACCUCCACUCGACAGACCUACUUCCUGCCGGUGAUCGGGCUGGUGGACGCCGAGAAGCUGAAGCCCGGGGACCUGGUGGGAGUCAACAAAGACUCCUACCUGAUCCUGGAGACCCUGCCAACGGAGUACGACUCCAGAGUCAAGGCCAUGGAGGUGGAUGAGCGCCCCACAGAGCAGUACAGCGACAUAGGGGGGCUCGAUAAGCAGAUUCAAGAGCUAGUGGAGGCCAUUGUCCUGCCGAUGAACCACAAGGAGAAGUUUGAGAACCUGGGGAUCCAGCCACCCAAAGGGGUUCUGAUGUACGGGCCACCUGGCACUGGAAAGACCCUCUUGGCCAGAGCCUGUGCUGCUCAGACGAAGGCCACUUUCCUGAAGCUUGCCGGGCCACAGCUGGUCCAGAUGUUUAUCGGAGAUGGAGCCAAGCUGGUGAGAGAUGCCUUCGCCCUGGCCAAAGAGAAAGCGCCAUCCAUCAUCUUUAUCGACGAGCUUGAUGCCAUCGGAACAAAGAGGUUUGACAGCGAGAAGGCCGGAGACAGAGAGGUGCAGAGGACCAUGCUGGAGCUGCUCAACCAGCUGGAUGGAUUUCAGCCCAACAUGCAGGUCAAGGUAAUUGCUGCCACCAACAGAGUGGACAUCUUGGAUCCUGCCCUGCUUCGUUCAGGCCGUCUGGACAGAAAGAUCGAGUUCCCCAUGCCCAACGAAGAGGCCAGGGCUCGCAUCAUGCAGAUCCACUCCCGCAAGAUGAAUGUCAGUCCUGACGUCAACUACGAGGAGCUGGCCCGCUGCACCGACGACUUCAACGGCGCUCAGUGCAAAGCGGUGUGCGUGGAGGCCGGCAUGAUCGCGCUGCGCCGCGGGGCCACGGAGCUCAACCAUGAGGAUUACAUGGAGGGAAUCCUGGAAGUCCAAGCCAAGAAGAAAGCUAACCUCCAGUACUACGCCUAAGGACACUGGAAGUGUCUAUGUUUGUGUGAGAGCGUCUUUAGUAAAACAACUGUUGUAUAAACGCUUGUUACUAAUGCUGAUUAUCUUGGGUUAAUAAAAAGAAACAAAGUGGAAGUGGUUUUUGGGGCACAUGUUUAAAUCAUAUCUUCACACACACAUCCAAAGGGAU